AUGGACGCUAUUACAUUCAAACGUGAACGAUACGAGAUAAAGAGCUUCACCACGAAUAACUACAAGAAAGUUCCACACGAAGAGCUGGAUUUUGGAAUAUACAAAAAACCCAAUCUUGUAGCAUUUCAGACGACAGAGUUAAGGCUUCCUCUAUGGAUUGAAGCCGUAUACCAUCGAUACUAUCGAAACGAAAUCUUCAACGACAUAAACAACGAACUUGAGACAAAAUGGACAGAGCAAAACGACGCAAGCAACACAUCAAAAUGCGAAGAAAUCUCGAUUGAAAUCCUUCACAAAAACGAAAACGUAUUAACAAUCACAAUCUUUGUAACCAAAGGAAGAAUUCAAAUACAAGGCCGGUUCACGAAAGCCUGGGGAAUCGACGAAUUCGACCACGUACGUGCCAUUGUAAACAAUGAUGAGGAAGCCAACGAAAACACUAAG